CACUUCACACUGUCAACUGUCACACGUCAGUUCAUUGGUGUUAGAUAUCCAUUAUAAAUUGUUUCGCUAAAGAUCUUCGCUAAAUACUUUCUUAAAAUUUCAAAUACAAAUAAAUCUUAAAAUGACUGACAAAGCCAAACUAGAUCUUGGGGUUUUGGAAGAGGAUGAUGAAUUUGAAGAAUUUCCCGUCGAAGAUUGGUCGGGAAAAGAAAAGGACGAUCAGGAUAUUAGUGUAUGGGAGGAUAACUGGGAAGACGAUAACGUUGAAGAUGAUUUCAACAAACAGUUAAGAGCCCAACUUGAGAAACAGAAAGCCAAGCCUCCAGCAAAAUAGAAUUCAUGUCAUCUAAUUCCAUAUAAAAAUUAUAUUUAUCUCUAGUUAAUGUGUUUGUAAUAAAAUAAUAAAAAUUUGUAUUAUUUUUUAACUAAAAUUUAGGCUUAUUACCUUUCUUACUUCCAUAAAAGGUUUCAACUGUUACCUAAUUAAAUUUUUAUCCCUAAUUAGUAUGGCUAAAUUCCAUUUAUAAUAUAGACAUGGUCAUUAGACCAUAACAAGAAAUAUGUUCACAUAAUAAUUGAUACUGUCAAUGCCACUUAAGUUAGUGAGAUGCACAAACCCAAAAUUGAAGUCUGUUUAGGGUGGAUUGGAUGGUUGUCAUCAGUCUCCUCCCAGUAGUCAGGUGCGUAACACAAAAGUGAAGUGCAGCUGUUAUUUUUCAGACUUCAUAUUAUUUUGGAUAAUUAAGUGUGUUUGUGACAAUUUCUUUAAAUGAUUGCGUUAGAAAGUAAUAGAAAGACUACUUCUGUUAUUAAUGGACAAUCUCGUGAGAUCAUAUAUAAUGUGUUUAAUUAUUUCAAAAAUUUUAACCUCGAAGCAGAUACCUUGAAAACUGUGAAAGAAACUACAGGUAAGUUUGUACAUUAAAUUGAAAACCUAACCUGACCUGAAAAAAAAUCGAGUUUUUACUUUGACUUUAUAUGUUAUUAGUCAUAUCUGCUUAAUUCAUUCUCUUUUAGUUGUAUAACAUACUUUCAUGGUUGUAUCAUAUGGCAUUCUCCUUUUUCAUGUGCUGCGCUCGAUUAUCGAGUGUUUACCAAAUUGGCUAUAGUAAUUUUGUUGACAACAGCUCGGAAAAGGGAUGCAGAGGAUCUGUUCUCUCCAUUCUCUCAGGUUUCUAAGCCAUGACAUUCUUCUUCAACCUGUCCACUCUUCUUCCGUGUACCUUGCCUUGUAUUGUUAAGUGGAGUAUAUUCUAUCUCUCUGGGUGUCGCAUAAUAUAGCAAAAAUAUUCAAGUUUGCAACGGGAUAACUUUUUAAACAAACAGGUUUGCAAAAAUUUGUGAAAUUAUAAUUAUUCUAUGUACAUCGGUCUUACUCUCGAUAAUUGAAAGACAUUUUUUAACAUACUUAAAUUAUUACACCCGUUAGCAGAUGAAUAUAUUGUGUACUGUCUUUUGGUAUGGCAGUAGAUAUAGACUUUUUUUUAUACUUACAUACUAGAUAAAAUGAAUCACUAUAGUUACUUUUACAGGAAUUUCCAUCAGAACAAUUGAAAGGAUAACAAGAGAGGCAAAAUGUUCUUUGAAAAAUACUGACAGAGUCCAGUUUGCCAGUCCUGGCAAAAAACAAGUAAGGAGAUCAAUCAUAGAUUUGCUGGAAUACCAAACAAGAGAUAUUCGCAGAAUAAUCUACGAUUUUUAUUAAACAGACAAAUAUCGGGUUAUGGUAAAAAAUUCAUAACGAUUUGGAUAUCACAAUUUCACAGACAUCUCUAAGGCGACUUCUAUGCAAAAUGCAAUUUCGUUGGAGGAAAACCGAAAAUUGCUUAUAGAAAGAAGUGAAGUACAAGCUUUGAGAAUAAAAUAUCUCAGACAAAUCAAACAUUUUCAUACUUAAAAUAGGCCAAUUGUGUAUGUUGACGAGCUUUCUUUUUGGGGGUAACCCUAGAUCAUAAACUUGCAUGGGAAACUCACGUAAAUCAUGUAUUAGCAAAGUUAAGUACAUGUAGCUAUAUAAUGCGUAAUUUAAGAGAAACUAUCUCAUUUGAUAUAUUGUGAAUGAUUUACUUUAGUGAGGACAUUCACUUACAUGAUACUAGGGGUAAAUCAAAUUUUCGACAGCCUUUCUCUAGAUUAGUUGUAUCCCAACAUGCACCUGAAUAUAUUGGAAUAAAAUGUUACAAUAAAAUAGUCAAUAUAUUAACUCUCAUUAAUUCUUCACAUAAAGGUUUUCGCCAAACUGUAUUCAUUUUCAAUGGACAACACAUUCUACAGUGUUGAUGAAUUUUGAAAUUUUUAACAUUUUUGCAAUAAUAGUUCUAAAUUUGUAUUUGUAACUUUUAUUUCUUAUUUAUUUUAUUGUAAUCACUGUUUUAUUUUAAUCAUGUGUAUUUUUAUUAUAUAUUGUACUCUUUUGUACUAAAAUUUUGACUAGUCCAAUAAGAUUUAUACAUUUUUUUUGUAAGAAUUGUGUAAACUUUGUGAUGAAUAAAUUCUAUCUAUCUAUAUAUAAGGUACUCAAUUCAGAACAUUUGACUUAUUUGUCUUUAAAUGUAUGUACUAUUUAUAAUAGCACCAAUAUACACAAUAAUACAUCACUAUUUUUUCACUUAAAAUAUGUUUUUACUUCAAAGAAAAAUUACAAAAGAAGCUUAAAAAUCUGAAAUUUUACUAAAAGAUUUACAUAUAAUCAACAUCAAAUCUUU